GAACAGUUGAAUACAAAGGUCAAUCAAAUUGCGAUCUGCGGACAAAGGAAAAGAUGAAACGGUUCAAGAAUUUUAUCACAAAAGAAUUAAAAAAUGAAUUAACACAUGUUGAAGAGAAUGUUGAAGAGUAUGUCAAAGAGAAAGUCGAAGGGGAUACCGAUACUACAGAGAAGACAAAGGCAAAGGAAAUCUUUGAUCUAUAUAUGUUAGAUAUUUCAGUACGUAUAUCAAACGAUGACCUUAGUACGGCAAAGGAGUUCUUCGACCAAUUGAAAGCAGAUAUCGGGCAGUGGAAAGCUGACAUCAACAAAGAUGAGGUCGGGGCAAAUGGCAGAGUUGUGCAGAUAUUAAAGGUAACGGGAGAGAAAAAGUUAAUUGCAGUGGUAGAAACUUCGACUGCAAAGUGUUUAGAGGAAAUGAUUGGAUUACUUCCUGUAGAAUAUGACGUCACAGUAUCUCCAUUGGUACCAUACGACGGUAUUUCAAAAAGUGCACCUGAAGUAAAUGACGAUCUACCUACGUCAUCUUCCCAAUGUGAUUCAUCACAUGACACAUCUGUGUUGUGGUUGAACAUAUCGAUAGAAACUACUGAUAAAAGCCUCGACGAGGUUUUAGAGAGUUUAUUUGAUGGACAAAAGUUUGAGGGAUACAAAGAAGUGGGCGAACAAAGAGUACAUUUGUUCGUGUCGGAAAAACACAGGGCAUUGGAUGGUAUCCUCUUUCCUAUGGUAACUAACGGUGAAAAGACAACAAUGACUACAAAAUCGGCCUUAAAACUACAAUGAUGAGGAAUAAAAUCAUUCUGGCGCCCAUUGUAAUCGGAUUCGUAAAUGACAAUGCAUGAUGUUUACUCUGAAUGUGUGCAAACAAUAUAUUAUACGUGUUAUUGUAAUUUCGAUCACACUUAGAAUAUGUCUACGGAAGUCUGCAUAUGAAGACUGUCAUCUCGUGACAUCUUUUAAGUGAAAGAAAGAAUAAACUCUAAAUGAACAUCGUUUCCUCGAAGAUUUAUGGAGUGAACUAAUGAAUGAUUGUGUAUCUGCCAUGUGCAGCGAAAGAAA